GAGUUCAAACUCUUGACCUGUAAACUUGCCGGUUUUCUAUCAUUCUUUCUUUCUCUUUCUCUUUCUUUCUGGCCUUUGCCAUACUUGCGCGGAGAAUGUUUGCAACCAAAUCUAGAUGACAUAUUUUGUGGAGUGGUGGUGGCGGAGGCGGGUAUGGCUGAAAGUUGAAGGAGGAAGAUGAGCUUGAAGGUGAAGAACAGAGCAAGAAAUAAUAAUAAUAAUACUAGUAGUAGUAUAAGUAUAGGUUCCAUGCAAAGAUGGCGACGGAUGUAGUACCUGGCUCUGUUGGAACCAGUGCCAGUUUCUCUUUGAGAUUAGGCCAGGCCAUCUUCUCCUCUGCUUCUCUUCUCUUCAUGUCUUUAGGUGUUGAGUUCUAUAGCUACACUGCUUUCUGCUAUUUGGUAACAAUAAUGGGUUUGGUCAUUCCCUGGAGUGUUACUUUGGCAAUUGUGGAUGGAUACUCUGUUCUGGUUAAAUGCCCCAUUCGACAACCCGGAAUUCUGCUGAUAAUUGUUUUAGGAGAUUGGGUUUUAUCAAUUCUUACACUAGCUGCAGCAUGCUCAACUGCUAGUGUUGUAGAUCUCCUACUCCACGCUGAUGGAGCUUAUUGCCCUACAAAGUUUUGCAGUAGAUAUCAAAUAUCUGCUGCAAUGGCCUUCUUGACCUGGUUUCUUUCUUCGGCUUCGUCUCUUUUCAACCUUUGGUUACUCCCAUCUUUGUGGUGGUGAUUGUCUAUCUCAGAAGUUUCAGAAUUUUGUGGUUCUGUUUGUAUAGUAGUAGCCUUCAAUGUUUCAUAAUCAUCAAUGAUACAGUUGCAAAUUGUACACAAGCAGUAGUUCUAGGCAAGCUUAAAUUGUUUCACUCCUAUAACAAUAAACAUAGAUGCAGUUCAAGUACCAAUGCAAGAAUUCUAUUAAUAUUGUUUCA